AUGGCCCAAAUCGAAAGGAGAAAUGUGAAGAUAACAAAAUUGGAAAUCAUCGACGCCAUUGUGCAACGCCUUGAGGCUGUGGCUGAUUUCGUUCUUCUGAUUGCAGUUGCAGAGGAUCAGAUUUUCCGAGUCCAUGACGCUGUGAAUCGAUCUCAAACGAGUGUGACUGCGGUUUUGAACCAGGCUCCACCACCGCAGGACGACGACUCCGAUAUCACAGGCAUGACUGGGGCAUUAGGAGGUAGAUAA